UUCCUAACGGCGAUAGACAUAUAAUAAUCAAUAAAGAAAAUAAAGUUUAAUUCCAAACCGUAUCCAUUUUGUUGUAUAGAGAAUUUAAUGCACUAUCGACAAUGGGAAAUGUGAUAUUAAAAGUUUUACGUGUGGAAAGUAAAACGUCAACAAACUGACCUGACACUUUUUCAAGCUGCAGUGGUUUCUCUUCAAAGUAUUUUUGUUAGAUAUAAAAACGUUGGUGUUAGAAACGUUAAUCGAUAGACAAGAUUGCAACGAAAAAAACAUGGCAACACAUGAUGGCAAAUCUGUUGAUCAGCCUCACGAUGGUAAUGAGAUUGAUUCAAACACUGUUGAAGAACCAAAUGAAAACAAAGAUAAAAACGAAGAAGAAGAAUCUCAUAUAAAGGAAGAAGAGGAAUUUGUUAUCCAGUUGAUGCAAAGACUUGGUUUGGCUGCACCUCAACCUGUUAAACGUGACAAAGUACUUUCUGAGUUGAAUCUGAAAGGCGUUGCUGAAUUCAUACUAUCAGAAAAAUGCAAGAACAUCAUCGUGAUGACGGGGGCUGGUAUAUCCACCGCUGCAGGGAUUCCAGAUUUUCGAACUCCUGGUACUGGUCUUUAUUCACAACUCGAAAAAUUCAACCUACCUUAUCCUGAAAGUAUAUUCGAGCUGAGUUUUUUCGAGGAACAUCCGGAGCCAUUCUUUUUGUUGGCUAAGGAAAUGUAUCCUGGAAAUUAUAAGCCUACAACUACACACCACUUCAUCAAUUUGCUGAACAACAAGAAACUACUACUAAGAAAUUUUACACAGAAUAUUGAUGGUUUGGAACGUGUAGCUGGUCUUCCUGAGGAGAAGAUAAUGGCAGCUCAUGGAGUGUUUCAUAGUUCCCAUUGUCUGUCGUGCAGAAAGUUUUAUGAUGAGAACUGGAUGAAAGAGCGAAUAUUUUCAGAUGUUAUUCCAAAGUGUGAGGAAUGUGAUUCAUUGGUGAAACCAGAUAUUGUGUUUUUCGGGGAAAACCUUCCAGAACGCUUUUUUACUUGUAUAGAAACGGAUUUUCCACGCGCUGAUCUUCUUAUUGUCAUGGGUACCUCACUUUUAGUGCAUCCUUUUGCUUCACUGAUUACCAGGGUUAAUGUAGAUGUUCCUCGCUUGUUGAUUAACAGAGAAAAGCGGGGAGAGAAUUCGUAUGGAGGAUUUGAUUUUGACAGUGAAUUCGCACACAGGGACGUGGUCUUAUUGAUGGAUUGUGAUGCUGGUUGCGUACAGCUAGCAGAGGCGUUAGGAUGGAAGAGUGAACUGGAUGAGCUGACCGAAACCUGUGAUUCGAAACCAGAGCAUGCGAUAAAAAAUUGAGGUUGCGUAUUUAAAUGGGCACUUGUUUUUGUUGCAUUGCUGUUAGCUGGUCGUCAAGUUUGAUGAAAAAUGUCAUCUUGUUUGGUGACUUAGCUUGUAAUGACAUGUUUAUGUUUAGUAUAUAGUAUCAGGAAGAAAUUAAAGGGGUUACAAAACGGCUGUUAGUUUUUAACAAAUACAGUUUUUCUGUUCCCUCGUCAAAACAAAUUUUACAGACCGUAGCUUAUUUUACGUCCAAAAAGAAUACUAAAGAAGAAAUGUUCUUUUUUUAAAAAAUAAAAAA